AUGGGUAAAAAUAAAAGUUGUGACGCGUCAACUUGGCAAAUAAUUGUUAAUUUACAUAUAGAUCAUUUACAGUGGGCGUACAUAAGAAUAGCUGAGCAUUUAAAUUGUUCUGUUAAGAAAGUUUUUAAUGCAAUUGAUCAUUAUAAAACACACGGAACUGUUGAAAAUGUUCUUAGAAAGGCUCGGCCAAGAAAAACCUCUCCCAGAGAAGAUAUGCUAAUCGUUCGUAUUGCUAAAAAAGACCCAAGUAAAGACUCCAACCAGAUUAAAAAUGAAGAGUUUUCGCCUGAUGACCCGAGAAACAUCUGGUCAAGACUAAUACGCCGAAGAUUAGUGGAAGCUAAAUUGUUUGGAAGAAUCUCUCGAAAGAUGAAACAAAAAUAA